AUGGACACAACAUAUAGACUGGGCGGUUGGAGAAGAGAAGGGGAGAUGGGGGAGUGGGAGCAUAAGCAGAAAAGUGAGAGGUGUCCAUAUAAGUGAAUGGGCCUGAACAAAUACUGACGGAAGUGAAGGAAUGGAGAGCAUGAGGUAAGGAGGGAGAGCAAGAUUCAAUCUAAACAAAACACACAUUAAGUAUCCCCCAACCUUGAAAUGAAGUGAAAGAAAACAUAACCUCACUAAAAUGGUGCUGUAAUAUCCAGUGCUUGUAGCUGUUUAUGUGAUUUGACCUUGAUACGCCUCUUGUAUGACACAUGUACUGUGGCAGUAGACCCAUGGUCAACCAACCCAGGAUCUGGGAGAGAUACAGGAUGUGCAGGCUUUUGUUCCAGCCCUGCACUAAUGCACCUGAAUUAACACAUUUGAUUCAACAAAUUGAUUGGAACAAAAUUGUUUGUGGUGGGCUGGAACAAAAAGCUGCACACCACAUAGCUCCCUUGGCUCAGGGUUGGUGACUAUAGUGCACAGUGCAUCACAACACAACACAGUACAGUACAGUAUGUGUUUGAUAUCAUAAUGAAGUGCAGUAUGGGUUGUGAUAAUCUAUUUUCAAAGUCCCCACAGUUACUCCCCAACAACUACUUAAGCGUUUUGCUUGCAUUCUACCUGUCUUUUUGUGUCUGUAUAAAGCGGGUAUCAUAGUCCAAACCUUGUAUGCGUAUGCACAGCAGUGUUCUAGAAUAUUGGACCAUUGGCAUUCAUACUUUUCAAAUUCUCAGUGCGGCUUAAGCAAUUUCUCCAACUGUUAACACGUUCAAAUGAAAAAAGGACACGUGUUGGUUGGGAAUUUUGGGAAGGUGCGCGUUCGGGCUGUGCGUCCCCGGCGGACAGUGGUCUCACAGCCGCGUAGCUACAGUGGGGAAAAAAAGUAUUUAGUCAGCCACCAAUUGUGCAAGUUCUCCCACUUAAAAAGAUGAGAGAGGCCUGUAAUUUUCAUCAUAGGUACACGUCAACUAUGAUAGACAAAAUGAGGGAAAAAAAUCUAGAAAAUCACAUUGUAGGAUUUUUAAUGAAUUUAUUUGCAAAUUAUGGUGGAAAAUAAGUGUUUGGUCAAUAACAAAAGUUUCUCAAUACUUUGUUAUAUACCCUUUAUUGGCAAUGACACAGGUCAAACGUUUUCUGUAAGUCUUCACAAGGUUUUCACACACUGUUGCUGGUAUUUUGGCCCAUUCCUCCAUGCAAAUCUCCUCUAGAGCAGUGAUGUUUUGGGGCUGUCGCUGGGCAACACGGACUUUGAACUCCCUCCAAAGAUUUUCUAUGGGGUUGAGAUCUGGAGACUGGCUAGGCCACUCCAGGAUUUUGAAAUGCUUCUUACGAAGCCACUCCUUCGUUGCCCGGGCGGUGUGUUUGGGAUCAUUGUGAUGCUGAAAGACCCAGCCACGUUUCAUCUUCAAUGACCUUGCUGAUGGAAGGAGGUUUUCACUCAAAAUCUCACGAUAUAUGGCCCCAUUCAUUCUUUCUUUACACGGAUCAGUCGUCCUGGUCCCUUUGCAGAAAAACAGCCCCAAAGCAUGAUGUUUCCACCCCCAUGCUUCACAGUAGGUAUGGUGUUCUUUGGAUGCAACUCAUCAUUCUUUGUCCUCCAAACACGACGAGUUGAGUUUUUACCAAAAAGUUCUAUUUUGGUUUCAUCUGACCAUAUGACAUUCUCCCAAUCCUCUUCUGGAUCAUCCAAAUGCACUCUAGCAAACUUCAGACGGGCCUGGACAUGUACUGGCUUAAGCAGGGGGACACGUCUGGCACUGCAGGAUUUGAGUCCCUGGCGGCGUAGUGUGUUACUGAUGGUAGGCUUUGUUACUUUGGUCCCAGCUCUCUGCAGGUCAUUCACUAGGUCCCCCCGUGUGGUUCUGGGAUUUUUGCUCACCGUUCUUGUGAUCAUUUUGACCCCACGGGGUGAGAUCUUGCCCCAGAUCGAGGGAGAUUAUCAGUGGUCUUGUGUGUCUUCCAUUUCCUAAUAAUUGCUCCCACAGUUGAUUUCUUCAAACCAAGCUGCUUACCUAUUGCAGAUUCAGUCUUCCCAGCCUGGUGCAGGUCUACAAUUUUGUUUCUGGUGUCCUUUGACAGCUCUUUGGUCUUGGCCAUAGUGGAGUUUGGAGUGUGACUGUUUGAGGUUGUGGACAGGUGUCUUUUAUACUGAUAACAAGUUCAAACAGGUGCCAUUAAUACAGGUAACGAGUGGAGGACAGAGCAGCCUCUUAAAGAAGAACUUACAGGUCUGUGAGAGCCAGAAAUCUUGCUUGUUUGUAGGUGACCAAAUACUUAUUUUCCACCAUAAUUUGCAAAUAAAUUCAUUAAAAAUCCUACAAUGUGAUUUUCUGGAUUUUCUCAAUUUGUCUGUCAUAGUUGACGUGUACCUAUGAUGAAAAGUACAGGCCUCUCUCAUCUUUUUAAGUGGGAGAACUUGCACAAUUGGUGGCUGACUAAAUACUUUUUUCCCCCACUGUAUGUCCCAAUUGGACACCGGACUAUCAAGUCUCAGCGUCUGUGGACUAUGAUUUAUGCUUUAAGAACUGGUUGAAAGAGCCCUAUUUUGUACUGUGUGUAUCAUGUACUUGAGGAUAUUGCACAGGCAGCUUUUUCCGAAUAUGGAAUUGCUGUUGGUGGUGUAUCUGGGCGACGCUUGAGUUCUAUUUACUGUUUUCUUAAUUAAAAGGAGCAGAAAAGCUGGCGGCACAAUGACUUUAAGUCCAAGGAUGUUCUUCCUGAAAGAUAACCAGGCGUGACCGCCAUUUUAUUCACUGUCAUGAGUCUGUCGCCAUUAGGAUGGAUACAAACCUGUGUUUACGGAUACUCAUAUAACAAUUAUACAGUUUGAGACGUCCCUGGUUACCGACCUCUUCAUGUGGUCAUUGCUUUUCUUCAUGUCCUGUUUUAAGGGAUUCCUAGUGGCUUUCUGCUUCCUUUUCCAUAAAAAAUAAAAUAAAGCGUGCCAGUGCCUCUGGUCCUGUAAUUUUCCCACAUCCACUUUUGUAAGAGAACUGGUAUGAAGUGAAACACAGUGUGCAGCUGUCCACUUGCCCGUCGCUCGCCCUUUGUGAGACGUUUUCCAGUCGAGAAUACUAAUGGCUGCAUGUCUGUGGAGCUAACCCAGCUGGCGUGAAUACAAACAACAUUUAUUCGACCACAAGAAAGUGCCGUUUUAUACUACACUUGUGUCUCUUUGUUUGCUUUGUGUUUGAAGACCUUUGCUUGGAUAGAUUGUCAUUUGAUAUAAAGUAACAGUAAUGAUGAGUGUAAGGAUUAAAAAAACACUGAUUAAUGACCUGUGCACUUCGAUUGCGAGUGACUUCAGCUAACAUGAUUUUCGUGAACAUCUGGAAAAUUGCCUUUUAAAGUAUAUAGCUGUGCGGAGGUCACUAAUCUGUGUUGGACGGAAUCCCGGCCUAAAUUUGAACACAUAGUGCAUGUGUGCUUAUAUAUAUAUAUAUAUACAGUGAGGGAAAAAAGUAUUUGAUCCCCUGCUGAUUUUGUAUGUUUGCCCACUGACAAAGAAAUGAUCAGUCUAUAAUUUUAAUGGUAGGUUUAUUUGAACAGUGAGAGACAGAAUAACAACAUAAAAAUCCAGAAAAACGCAUGUCAAAAAUGUUAUAAAUUGAUUUGCAUUUUAAUGAGGGAAAUAAGUAUUUGACCCCCUCUCAAUCAGAAAGAAUUCUGGCUCCCAGGUGUCUUUUAUACAGGUAACGAGCUGAGAUUAAAGCACACUCUUAAAGGGAGUGCUCCUAAUCUCAGUUUGUUACCUGUAUAAAAGACACCUGUCCACAGAAGCAAUCAAUCAAUCAGAUUCCAAACUCUCCACCAUGGCCAAGACCAAAGAGCUCUCCAAGGAUGUCAGGGACAAGAUUGUAGACCUACACAGGGCUGGAAUGGGCUACAAGACCAUCGGCAAGCAGCUUGGUGAGAAGGUGACAACAGUUGGUGCGAUUAUUCGCAAAUGGAAGAAACACAAAAGACCUGUCAAUCUCCCUCGGCCUGGGGCUCCAUGCAAGAUCUCACCUCGUGGAGUUGCAAUGAUCAUGAGAACGGUGAGGAAUCAGCUCAGAAAUACACGGGAGGAUCUUGUCAAUGAUCUCAAGGCAGCUGGGACCAUAGUCAACAAGAAAACAAUUGGUAACACACUAUGCCGUGAAGGACUGAAAUCCUGCAGCGCCCGCAAGGUCCCCCUGCUCAAGAAAGCACAUAUACAGGCCCGUCUGAAGGUUGCCAAUGAACAUCUGAAUGAUUCAGAGGAGAACUGGGUGAAAGUGUUGUGGUCAGAUGAGUCAGGGACAGGACAACUUCACCGCAUCAAAGGGACGAUGGACGGGGCCAUGUACCGUCAAAUCUUGGGUGAGAACCUCCUUCCCUCAGCCAGGGCAUUGAACAUUUCGUUGAAAUUUGUCCUUUGGUCUGGAGUCCAAAUUGGAGAUUUUUGGUUCCAACUCCGUGUUUUUGUGAGAUGUGGUGUGGGUAAACGGAUGAUCUCCGCAUGUGUAUUUCCCACCGUAAAGCAUGGAGGAGGAGGUGUUAUGGUGUGGGGGUGCUUUGCUGGUGACACUGUCUGUGAUUUAUUUGGAGUGCUGCAUCAGAUGACUUGGCCUCCACAAUCCCCCGACCUCAACCAAAUUGAGAUGGUUUGGAAUGAGUCUGACAGCAGAGUGAAGGAAAAGCAGCCAACAAGUGCUCAGCAUAUGUGGGAACUCCUUCAAGACUGUUGGAAAAGCAUUCCAGGUGAAGCUGGUUGAGAUAAUGCCAAGAGUGUGCAAAGCUGUCAUCAAGGCAGGGGGUGGCUAUUUGAAGAAUCUCAAAUAUAAAAUGUAUUUUGAUUUGUUUAACACUUUUUUGGUUACUACAUGAUUCCAUAUGUAUUAUUUCAUAGUUUUGAUGUCUUCACUAUUAUUCUACAAUCAAGAAAAUAGUAAAAAUAAAGAAAAACCCUUGAAUGAGUAGGUGUUCUAAAACUUUUUACCGGUAGUGUGUGUACUGGGUUAUCCUUGGUCAGCCAAAUGAACUUGCCUCUGUUUUGAGGGUGUCUGGGGCUCAUUUAGUAGGCUAGUAGUAAGCUCUGUGAAACUGUUGGAGGUGGAUUGGUGCAACUGGUGCUUGAUUAUUAGAAUUUCAGUCACAUAGAAUGACUAAAAAAGCCUGAGUUAAGCCAGCUGGAUAGGAGUGUACUCCCCCAACACAAACACAUAUACCCACACACACACAAACACGCGCACAGAGUAUUUGUGUGUAUUUUGAUGAGAGGACCUUCUUCAUUUAAUGUGAGCAGGGUUGUAUUUUUUGAGCAGCUCACAGACUCUGCUUGUCUCUAAAACAGUGUCUGCAGUCAUAGUGACCUAAUAGUCUACUGUGUCUGUUAAUAGCUACUGUGUCUGUUAAUAGUCUACUGUGUCUGUUAAUAGUCUACUGUGUCUGUUAAUAGCUACUGUGUCUGACUGAAAGAUAAUACAAAUGAAAGAAAAACAAUAUUCACAAAUAUGUGUACAAAGACGGAUAACUAAAUCAUUUUCCAAAUGGUUGGUUUUCCGCAAUAAUUGAUUUUUUUUGCAGAACAUGCACUCAAAUUGGCCUUUAUCUGCAGAAUUUACCAUUGCUCCCCAAAAUGCAUUUAUGUUCACCGCUGCUAGAUGGCACCAGCCAUAUACUUACCCAGUCAGCUAACCUAACGUAGCCAGGCGUAAAAGAAAUGCCUGAAACUAGAUCCACCACAUUCUGGUCUUGACAAGAAUAAAAAAGAACUGUCAGGAAAGGUUCUCUUCUGCACUUUUCAACCAAUCCAGUAAAUGUGAAGGAGAAGUUAAGAUGGAGUGUUGCCUUGUUAACUUCCGUUUGUUGGCAACUUCGCUAAUGCUACCAGUCAGCAAACAUUCAGGGAGAUUCUCAAUUGGCCAAAAGUCUGUCCUCUCCUCGACUCCGUCCUCCUCUCCUCUCUGACCAGGAAACCGAUAAGUGGUCGAGUGGUCGAGGAGAAUGUCAGUUUGUCAGUAAGCGAAUGCAGGAGUGUCCUCCUCACCUCGAUAGCCUCCUCUCGCGAAAUCCUCUGCGGAAGAGUUUUGAAAUCUGCCACACCCCCUUUGAAUCAGCUGUUGCACAUAUUUAAAAACGAUACGCUACUUAUCCUUUUAUCUAUAAAAUCUCUAGCACAACUAGCUACAUUUCUUUUUAAUACUUCACACAUUUAUUUUGGGAUACCACACCUGUAACCGUCAUUUGCAUGAUAACGUGCUAGUGAAGAAGGUCUAAUUUCAUAGAAGUGCAUUUGUUUCCACGUUUCCUCCACUCCUCUCCUUGAUUACCUUUGACUUUAAAAAAAAAAAAGAGGUGAGGAGAAGAGGAUGCAAGGAGUUGAGCAGAACCAAUUGAGAUUCUCCCUUCAUCAUGGAGGAAGAGAGGUUUUUACGACCAGCUAAGCCAAAUGGCAGAAAACUAGCCAACUUAUCAGGUUUAUAGGGUUUUUAAUUUUUUUUAAAAUAUUUGCUCUAAGUGGUAUUUUAGGCUAAUUUUUUAAGUCUGUAGAAUUUUGGGAAAGUGCAUCUAGGAAAAACGGGGAAGGCGUAAAGAUGUUACAAUGAGUGAAAUCAUAAUUGUAUAGGUGAUGAAUCGUAUAGAUGAUUCAACUGGUGGUCAAGACACACAAAAUUGAAAUGUUUUAAUUUAUGUGAGAUAAAAGGUAAAAAUAUACCCUUUUGGAGAAGAAUCUGAAAAGUACUCAGAAGUAUGAGGUAAAGUUUGUUGCCCUGUCCUUUCUGAAAAGGGUCUGAAAAGUAUUUUGAAAAAAUAUAAGAAGUAGGCCUACUUCUGCUGUCUUUUGUGAAAACUGCCUCUGCACUUAUUUGUGUGAGGUAGAUGUUUAUGGCCACUCCCCUUUCCAUCGUGGCCUACUCUAAGGUCAGUGAGAGCUGCCUGCCAUGCCUGCUGAGCUAAUAACAGGGUCAGACUGGUGAAGAAGCACUGGCAGGCAGCCUUGGGCUAUGCAGACGUGUAAUUUUCUCUUGGAGGUGAUGAAUCGCUUGCGGUCAGAUGUGGAUGUGCCGUCGGAUUCCUUUUUGGGGGCUGAGCGACUGCUCCUCCAAUGCCUCUGUGUCCUAUAUUAGGCUUUUUAAUGUCCCUGGUCUUUUUACCAUUUAGUCUUUACUUUAUUCCCAUAAAUGGUCAAUUUUCUGUCACCCCCCCCCCCCAUUUUUUCCUCAUACUGCAUGUGCUUUUCCCUAAUCUCUUCAUCAACUACACUUUCAAUCUCAUCAUCCUCUUUUUCUCCACACAUCCUUCUCUCUGCUCCUGCUCUCUCUCAUCUCUCUAUCAAUCUGUUUGACCAUGUUUAUGUCGUUCAAUCUACUUGUUUACCCUCUGGCAUUGAUCUAACAUUUUAAUACUCAUCAUUCAUCACUCUCUGCCUCCUCUGUCCUUAUCUUCACUCAAAUCAUAGCGGGUUUAUAAUGUAGGAGUAAAAUAAGCUUAAAAAAUAAUACUGUAACCAGUUGGUGAAGUAGAUAUUGUUUCUUCAAUGAGAUACAAAUGAGGUGCAUAUGUAAUCUGUCAUUUUUUUCCUCGUCUCACUUUCACUACCUCUCCUAUGCAGACCAGUAAGGUUCCUCCCCCUUCUGUAUGCAGUUUGCCAUCUGACCCUGGCUUUCCCCGCGCAAACAGGAUACUCAGAAGGUACAGAUCUUCUAACGUAUAUUUUGAUGGACUAUCAUUAUUUGUGAUGACAAUGCAUUGCAUUAAAACAUUUAUUUUGAUUUCAGGUUAUUAUUUUAAAGGGAUACUUUGGGAUUUUGGCCUUUACUUCGGCCUUUAUCUACUUCCCCAGAGUCAGAUGAACUUGUGGAUACCAUUUUUAUGUCUCUGCGUGCAGUUUGAAGGAAGUUGUUAACUAGCGUUAGCCUACUUGCUAACAAGCAUUAGCGCAAUGACUGGAGAUCUAUGGGAGACUUCCAGUCAUUGUGCUAAUGCUAGUUAGCAUUUGCUCGCGAAACUACCUCUUAACUCCUUCAUACUGGACGCAGAGACAUGAAAUGGUAUCACAAAAUAUCCCUUUAACCUUAGCAGCCCUGUGGUCAUCAUGAACUAGAAUUUAAAGCCUCAGUUGCUGUAUAGUAAUUGCUGCAUAAUAGUUGCUGUAUUACAAUUGCUUGGGAUAGAAGAUAGUUAAGAUAAAUAUGGAUUAUGUAUAAUUUAUAUUUCUAUAUAUUCAACAUGUACAUGAUUAAAGCAUUUAGUUUUCCGCCCAUUCCGUAAUCAUAUAAUAUUUUUUCUGAAAUUGUACUCAUCCAUGGAAUAUAACCAUUGCUGCAGAAUUUUGAAGAUUGUCCCCAAAAUGCAUUAUUCACCACCACCACUAGAGGUUAACAGCCGGCCACUUACUCAGUCAGCAUCGUUUACUCACUGUAUCUCUCCUUCCUGACCUAGAUGACAACCGACAACUCCAGGUCACCAUCUCCAAGGCAACCCCGAUCUCCACUGCACACCUGGGAGGCUCCAUCACAAUCCCCUGUCUGGUGUCCAUGUCCCCUGGGCCCCCCUCGUCCUCCUUGCCCCCCAUCCUGCCCCGGGUCAAGUGGAGCGUGUUGCAUGAUGGGGAGCAGGAGGAGACAGAGAUCCUAGUGGCGCGGGGUCAAAGGGUGAAGGUCAACGAGGCCUACACAGAACGAGCCUCCCUGGUCAACUUUGCAGACUCGCCUGAGAACCUCUCCCUCUGGCUGGGGGAGCUGCGCUCAACAGACACAGGGCACUACCGCUGCGAGGUGCAGCAGGGCCUGGACGACGCCAGUGACUUCACACAGAUCAAGGUCAAAGGUAACAGAGGGAGAAGCAUUUUUAAGGUUGUAGGAGUCUGUGAGUUUUUUUACUUGUCGAACAGGUUUAGAAACUGCUUAUAGAAAACAAACAGAUUUAGCCUUGUAUGCAACUAUUCACAUUUUUUCUUCCAGUUUUUACCACAUAUUGUGUAUUUGAGCCUGUCCAUAUUUCUCUGUGCAUGUAUGUUUGUGUUUGUGCACACGUGUGUGCAUGUAGGUGUGGUCUUCCACUACAGACACGCCUCUGGCCGCUAUGCAUUUUCGUUCAGUGAGGCCCAGGCGGCGUGCGAGGGCAUUGGGGCACACAUCGCUACUCCCGACCACCUUCUGGCAGCCUACUACGAUGGCUAUGAACAGUGUGACGCCGGCUGGCUCGCUGAUCAAUCUGUCAGGUAUCCACAACUUGCCCUAUAAUACAAAGACACAUUUCUUAAAGGUGCAAGACUUUGUUUUGACUACCUGAGUUAUUAACGGGCAGUGCUGAGGUGCCAAGGUUAUAGAAUGUCAACAAACAGCAGUGAGCUAAUUCACACAUCUAUAGGCUACUGGGGUUUUUGAAUUUGGCCCACUGUGUGGUAUGUAAUACUAUUUCACGCACCAGCUGUUGUACUUUUCUGGCAGACUGUGUGUUGGCCUGAUGGCAGCUGAAUCAGUCUCACUGUAGUCCUGGUGUUAAUUAAGCUAGAUUUCCUCGUGUGUAUUGUCAUGGCUUACAUGUGUAAGAUAAGCACUCUAUUUGGUCUUUGUUCCCAACACCCACAACAAUUCCUGCUAACAGAUUAAAAAACAAUGACUGAGACCCCUCACCUAUCAGAGUUAGUCUUUACAAUGUUUUCUUAGCACAGGAAAUACAAAUAUUUUUGCACCUAUUACGCAGAUAUCCAAUCCAAGUUCCCCGGGAAGGUUGCUAUGGUGACAUGGAUGGCCGCCCAGGAGUGAGGAACUAUGGGACGCUGGAACCAGAGGAACUGUUUGAUGUGUAUUGUUAUGUGGAGCAUAUUGAUGGUAAAAAAUAGAACUUGUGAAUAGCUUACCGUAAAAAGGCAGUGUAAAUAGUGACAGUGUGAAUAGCUCCCCGUAAAAAAGGAUGUAAAUGUGAUUCUACUGAGCAAUAACGUAUGUUUGUACGUUUGUGACAUUGUGUAAAAAAUCAUAAAGGACAAUAUGUAAUUUUGUCAAGUCAGAUGCUUUGUCAUUGUAUAUCAUCGUGUUCUGAAGGCACUCUAUAAAAUGACAGUGUUGGGUCUCCUUAAAGGGAUAGUUCACCCAAAUACAAAAUUACAUAUUGGUUUCCUUACCCUCCAAACAGUCUCUGAACAAGGUAUGACAGCAAUCCAUGCUUUGAUUUAGUUUCCCUGGUAUUGUUUCCACAUGCUAACGUUUUAGCAUUUAGCAUUUGUGGCACCAUCCAAGUCAUGGGACCGAUAUUAGCAUUUUUCACGCAUCAUGUUCAAAUAGUUUCUAAGUUACUUUGUUGAGCUUCACAAUUGUAGAUAGUUUCUGAUUAUUUGGACAUGAUGUGCGAAAAAAAUGCUAAUAUCGGUCCCAUGACUUGAAUGGGAUGUGUGACACAAAUGCUAAAACGUUAGCAUGUGGUAACAGUGCCAGGUAAACUAAACCAAAUCAUGGAUUGCUAUCAUACCUUUACCAUAGACCAUUUACAGGGCAAGGAAACCAUUAUAUCAUUUUGUAAUUUGUGUGAACUAUCCCUUUAAGUUACAGGCAUGGAGGGUUUUUAGCUAGUGGACAGAGUACACACUUUAGAUGAGUGAGAUAAUUUGUAUUUACACAGCAUACAUCUUAGACAUUGAUAGUACUUUCCCUCCAAGGACAGGUACAUUACAUAUCAAAUCUUGAUGUCAAUUUCCCAACCAAGGUCUCAUUCUCCCAUGUGUUCAGCCUUUUGUAUUUUUCCAGAUACUUCAGGGAAAUUAAGGAUCUAGGACAAUUGUUCGGGAUCUAAUUCCCAUUAGGAGUCUAACACGUGACCCUUUUUGUGCAGGGGAGGUGUUCCAUGGCUCUGCCCCAAAGCAGCUGUCAUUGGAUGAGGCUUGGGCGUACUGCGAGAAGGAAGGGGCAAAGCUGGCUACCACAGGGCAGCUGUACAUGGCGUGGAGUGAGGGUCUGGACCGCUGCAACCCUGGCUGGCUGUCUGAUGGCAGUGUGCGCUACCCCAUCAUCACCCCUAGAGAGCGCUGUGGAGGGCCUCAGGCAGGGGUCAAGACCCUGUAUCGUUACAGCAACCAGACAGGCUUCCCUGAAUCAUCCAGCCGCCAUGAUGUUUACUGUUUCAGAGGUCUGUUUUGUACUGGACUAAUAAGUAGUUAAAAGAUCCUUAAGAGUCUAUUGACGCACCCGUGCGUUAAACCUAAGUAACAUAAUAAUAAAAUCCCCAUAAAAAUCUGUCAGUUUAAACUAGAGAUAUCAGUUUUUUUCCAUGGGCUGCGUCUCAAUCCCCCACAACUGCUAUGUCAGCCUUCCGCAUCUGCCGUGGAAGGUGGCCAAGUUACAGCGGUGUUUGUCAGACCAUGAGACAUCCCGAAAAUCGGUCUUCUCACGAAAAUGUCUGUAGCGUCUGAACGGUUUGGCCUAAAAAACUAUUAUGACCACUCUAUGGAAAGGGGAGGCACUCACGAACACGAUGGUGUUCUCUGUUUUCUACGAGGACACAGGACUCAUCUGAAGGUAACCCAUACAAACAAAUGGAAGUAUGAAGGUCGUUUUGUGCCUACAAAAAUAAGGGGUUAAUUGUGUGUAAAAAAUAUAUAUUUAAAAAUCCUGAGCUUUCUUAUAUCUCCUAAAUAUAGGACAGACACUUCAACAUUUUAUUCCUUAUGAUUUAUUUUUUGACUGUCUUUUUUUGCCAUUUACAGUGAGGGAAAAAAAGUAUUUGAUCCCCUGCUGAUUUUGUACGUUUGCCCACUGACAAAGACAUGAUCAGUCUAUAAUUUUAAUGGUAGGUUUAUUUGAACAGUGAGAGACAAAAUAAUAACAAAAAAAUCCAGAAAAACGCAUGUCAAAAAUGUUAUAAAUUGAUUUGCAUUUUGAUGAGGGAAAUAAGUAUUUGACCCCACUGCAAAACAUGACUUAGUACUUGGUGGCAAAACCCUUGUUAGCAAUCACAGAGGUCAGCCGUUUCUUGUAGUUGGUCACCAGGUUCCACUCCUCUUUGCAUUCCAUUUACGAAUAAUCGCACCAACUGUUGUCACCUUCUCACCAAGCUGCUUGGCGAUGGUCUUGUAGCCCAUUCCAGCCUUGUGUAGGUCUACAAUCUUGUCCCUGACAUCCUUGGAGAGCUCUUUGGUCUUGGCCAUGGUGGAGAGUUUGGAAUCUGAUCGAUUGAUUGCUUCUGUGGACAGGUGUCUUUUAUACAGGUAACAAACUGAGAUUAGGAGCACUUCCUUUAAGAGUGUGCUCCUAAUCUCAGCUCGUUACCUGUAUAAAAGACACCUGGGAGCCAGAAAUCUUUCUGAUUGAGAGGGGGUCAAAUACUUAUUUCCCUCAUUAAAACAUUUUUGACAUGCGUUUUUCUGGAUUUUUUUGUUGUUAUUCUGUCUCUCACUGUUCAAAUAAACCUACCAUUAAAAUUAUAGACUGAUAAUUUCUUUGUCAGUGGGCAAACGUACAAAAUCAGCAGGGGAUCAAAUACUUUUUCCCCUCACUGUAUGAAUGUGUUAUUCAAUGCGUUUCUAUGGGCCAAAUUCAAUAUUUGAUCAAAUAAUGUAACAAAAAAAAAAAAAUAUUAUAUCUAUCUAUCUAUAUCUAUAUGUAUAUAUAUAUACUUAAAUGGGUCCUAAAAUUCUAAUUACAUAGCUAGAUGAUCCAUGGUAUGACCAUCUUAAAAUAAUUCCAUAUGUUAGCUUAGUAGCCCCCCCCCCCCCUCAUUUCAGAGGUCUGUUUUGUACUGGCCUAAUUAGUAAUUAAAAGAGAUAGUACGGUACUUACUUCAGAGGUCUGUUUUGUACUGGACUAAUUAGUAAUUAAAAGAGAUAGUACAGUACUUACUUCAGAGGUCUGUUUUGUACUGGACUAAUUAGUUGUAACAUAUAUAAUAUAGGUUUUAUUAUUGCAAGAGAUUUGUUGGAUUGCAUGCUUCCAUGGAUUAUUUUGUGUUGUUAUGCAGAGAAUGUGUUUGUCUAAUGAAUGGACAUAAAACGAUCUCCUGUCUACACCCUGUUCUUCUCAGGUAAUGGGAAUCCUCACACUGAUGCCCCCAUGGACUACAUGGCCACUGAGCCAGAGGACAUCAGACAAGAUAUUGUCGUUAUUAUGGAGCCUGCCGAGGAGCUCCAUCUGAGCCAGGAUCCAGAGCAAAUGGAGCGAGAGGCCCAGAGUGUCCUGGAAUCCCUCCCUGUCUUUCAGUCAGCUCCUGCUCGGGAGGACCUGCAGGGGACUCCCCCUACUGCCAUGUUAAGCACAGAGGUCCCACUCACCCGUACAGCCUCCACCCAGGACCUCCUCCAGCCCUUUGAUGAGACUUCACUUCCUGUAGAAGAAGACUACCACUCCCAAGAUCCUACUUCACUACCCAACACCUCCAGUGAGCCAGACUCCCUCCACGAAGGAGACUAUCACUCCCAACAUCCUACUUCACUACCCAACACCUCCAGUGAGCCAGACUCCCUCUCCGAAGGAGACUAUCAUUCCCAGCAUCCUACUUCACUACCCAACACCUCCAGUGAGCCAGACUCCCUCUCCGAAGGAGACUAUCAUUCCCAGCAUCCUACUUCACUUCCCAGCACCUCCAGUGAGCCAGACUCCCUCCACGAAGGAGACUAUCACUUCCAGAAUUUUAGUUCACUACCCAGCACCUCAAGUGUGCCAGACUCCCCCCACGAAGAAGACUAUCACUCCCAGCAUCCUACUUCACUACCCAGCACCUCCAGUGAGCCAGACUCCCUCCACGAAGGAGACUAUCACACCCAGUAUACUACUUCACUACCCAGCACCUCCAGUGAGCCAGACUCCCUCCACGAAGGAGACUAUCACUCCCAGAAUUCUAGUUCAUUACCCAGCACCUCCAGUGUGCCAGAGUCCUUCCACGAAGGAGACUAUCACUCCCAGCAUCCUACUUCAUUACCCAGUACCUCCAGCGUGCCAAACUCCCUCCACGAAGGCAACUCCAGUCUCUACCGGCUCGAGCUGGAAACGACCCCAGAAUUCCCAGAGCCGUCCUACGAGCCACACAGACAUUACCAGCCGAUGCCAGAGAUUAACCCGGAGGAACCCGACUACCAGCAGUCAGGAUCUUCCAAGCACUUCCAGCCGAUGCCAGAGACCAACCUGGAGUUGGAUCAACUGGAAGCCAACUACAGCACAACAGCAGGUAACCAGAGUCAUCGGGAGAAUGCACAAGAGACUACCACAAUGACCUUUGACUCCAUAGAGAAUGCUACCGAGGCACAUGACCCCACUGCAGAGAGGAGGCACAAAGAGGCGAUUGUGGGAGAACCUGAGGAGACAUCCAUCUCGACCGAGUCCCCGGGAGAGCUUGAUCCCCACCCAGUCUGGUCUACACUCUCCCCCUACGGAAAGGCAACCUCAGUGUGGUUGCCCCUGGAUGGAUCUGGAGAUGUGUCCCAAGGUAUGGCUAAUGUGGCCCCCAAUUCCUCAUGUACUUUGGGCUAUAGCUUUAUGAUACAUGACAUUUAAUAUUUUUUGUAUUUUGUAUUUAUUAGGAUCCCCAAUUAGCUGCUGCCGAGGCAGCGGCUACUCUUGCUGGGGUCCAAACAGGAAUCAACACAGCAAAUAAAAUACAUAAUAUACAUAAAUAUAGAUAGCACUACAUUUACAUUACAAUUCAGCCAUUCAGCAGACUCUCCCAUCCAGAGCGACCCACAGCUAGUGCAUUCAUCUUAAGAUAGCCAGGCGAGACAACCACAUAUCACAGUCGUAUCCCAACCACGUAUCACAUACACAAUACAAUACAUAAUACAAUGCAAAAUACAAUACAAAAUGCAUAGAAAUGUCUGUGUGUCUCUUUAUAGUCCCCGUCAUGCCUUAAGGUGUUCUUUUAUCUAAUUUUUGAAUCUGGUUUUGUUUGCUAGCUUGAGUUACCUGGGGUGGCUGAGAGUUCCAUUUAGUCAUGGGCCUAUUUAAUACUGUGUGUUUCCUAGCCUCAGUUCUGGACCUGGGGACUGUGAAGAGACCUCUGGUUGCAUGUCUUGUGUGAUACCGAUGAGUGUCCGAACUGUGUGUCAACUGCUUGAACAGACAGUUUGGUAUCAUCAACAGAAAGACCAAUAGUGAUGCAGUCAACCUCUCCUCAACUUUGAGUCAGAAGAGAUUGACAUGCAUGUCAUUGACAUUCACCCUCUGUGUACAUCUAAGUGUGAUACGUGCUGCAUUGUUCUGGACCAACUGCAAUCUGCCUAUUACAUGAAAACCUGCUUGUUAUUUUAGAAGCAAGUGUAUUUUGAUCAUACUUGAAAAUAGUGUAUAAUGUAAAAAUAAAAUAAAUAAUAUCUUCGAUGUUAGACGUUUUUGAUCUUAUAGUUGUUACAGAUGUUACUCCUAACUCCUUUUCUCAAAAGUAUGUACUUUGUCAUUGUAGGGCUGUGUAGAACUUAAGACUUCAUAAUCAUCCAACAAUAAUGUAUAUUGUACCUUCUUUACAGAGAUAGACCUAGGUGUUCACCAGGGAAUCCACACAGACAGAUCCCCCACCUCUGAAUCCUCUGACUUCACCCCUCAAAUGUCUGCCUCCCCUGGAGCCACCAGCAUCCCCAGUGAGCAGCAGACAAGAGUUCCGCAUUCAAGCAGCAUCUCAUCUGGACUGGAUCAUUAUGAGGAGCUGGGACUGGAUGUGUACUCCACAGUAGCUGUGUACUCCACAGUAGGCCAUCCACAAGGAACCUCCCAGGGAACUUCCUCCGCUAGGCCGGAAGGCAGCACCAUUCUAGAUUUCGAGGGUAUCGUCAUUCCAGAGAGAUUGGAACCUUUAGGAGAAGUGAAGCUGACACUAGGGGAGUCUGAUGAGGAGCACCUGGGGUCUGGAGAGGGCAUAGCCACGACAGAGUCUCCAGACCUCUCCACCACCUCCCAGCUGCCUGUCGAGUUUACCACAAUGGGCUAUCAAACAACGACCAUGUCCAGAAUAGAGGUGGAUCCCACCACCAUGGACCCUGAAGAAGAUAGAAGUGGACAUGAGCCAGGCACUGAUGAACCAUCCCUGGGAGAAAAAGUUACCGUCUUCCCCCUUGAGUCGCAAACAACUAGCUGGGAUCUGCACCGCUCCACCUCUGCAUCCCAAGAGUCUCAGGAAGACCUUGAAUACAGCGGGGAACCCCCAUCCACCUCUUCCCAGACAGAGCUUCCAGACUCCUCAGCAGAAACUGAUCGGUUUGGGUCAGACUCCUUGUCCACCUCAAGUACGGAUCCCACCGCUGCCACUAUGUCCACAUCCACCAUGUACACAUCCACAGAGUGGGCCACACAGACCUGGAGCCCCACCACCUCCACCACACCAGGUCCCCCAGAAACAUCUGAGCCGGAGAGGGUGACAGCUCUUAUGCCCCCCGUAGAUGAGGGCCAGUUGGAUCUGGAAUUCGGCUUCACCCAGCCGCCCACCCUGCUCAUCUUGCCCAAUGAGAGGGCUGCUGUGGGCAGUGCCAGGAAGAUUUCAGGUAACACUCAAGCCACCCUAACCAGCCUAACCGCCCUCUUGCUGCUCGACAAGGCGAUGCACUAAACCCCGGCCUCUCCCACCCCAAGCUGCCUUGCUCCAUUUUCUGCAAACAACCACCCUCCCAACGGCUCCCCCCUCUUCGUCUGUCUCACUGUUUGUCUCAGCAGCCCACUCCCCCUCCUCCCCCUCCUUCCCCCUUAAAGAGCACCCUGCUCUUUGUGAUCCCCAAGAAUUGAGCAUUGACAGAUAUAUGGGACAACUCCCUUUUGACAUUUGUCAAACAAACCAGUCUUGCUGUGCAUGAUGUUUUUGUCACUCAAAGAUUGACUUCUGUGAAGUACUGUAUUGCCCAGACACACCAUUUCUGUGAAAGAGAAUUGCGAUGCUUGAUUUUCUCCCCCUAUUCUUCCUGCCAGAGUGAUGUCCAACUUGCACCUUCACCGUCCUGAAUGUUUCUGCAUUCAAACAGUCAAUUUCCUCUUACCAGGGGCCCAUAUUAGUUUGAGCACAAUUCCAAGUGAAAAAAAAACAGUGUUAUUAAUCCAGACAAACAUUUGUCCUUGCAUUGUAACUCCACUAACUCUGAAUGUAACAGCACUGAUUCCCAAAUGCAACACCACUGACAUUUUAUUGGCAAAGAAUACAGAUAUUAUUGAUUUAAUAGAGGGACAGUAUCCCAAUUAUAAAACGUCAGCAACUUUUUAAACUAACUCAGCAGGUAUUGAGUUAGUAUAUAGUAGAUAUAUAAUAGAAUGUAUGGCGAAUAAUGUCACUUCUAUAACCAUAAUAAGGGAAUGUCCAGCUUUCAAGUCUUGUAGACAUGUAAAUUACAUCUAAUUAGAAUAUUUGUAAUGUUAUUUGGGGUAAAAAUGUCUGUAAUACCAUCAAUCUCUCAGUGUAACAGGACAUACCAUUUGAAAAAUGACAAUGACCUCCUAGAUGGCGGUCUGAUCAUAGUUUCUUCCAAAACGUUUAAACAUUUGUAAUGAGUAAGUGUUUCUAAAUAUAACAUGGAAACGAUUGAGGCUGGUUUAUUGUUUGACGCUAAAGUAAAAUCAGUGUGGCAUGAUUAGUGCCAUGUCAUCUAAUAUAAAAUGGGUCUUUGCAGAUUGUGAUUGUAUAGAUGGAGAGUCAGAACCAGCAUAUCACAAGCACAGCUAACAGCAUGGAUUAUUCUUUAAACAUGUGUGCUUUCUCCUUUAUGGAGUUAACUCAAACAUGAUGGCCAAAUCCAGAAAACCAUUAAACCAACAGACCAUAAACCAGCCUGUUGGAUAACUUGCACAGAAUUGUAUAAAAUGCUACAUUUGCCGUCUCAUUUUAGUAAAUGUGCUUUUACACAGAGAAGUAACCAUUAAAGGUGAAAAUCAAAAUUAGAGGACAUGGCCUUUAAUUUUAGGUUUACUUUCUCACUGGUGCUUUACUUUCCAGACAGAUUAGGUAGAAAUUGCCCUAACCACUGACACAGCAUCUGAUAUUUCUUUAUCCGCCUAAUGGUUAAAAUAGGGGGUUGGGUAAUCUGAUCCUACAUCUGUAGUUAAGGACAACUUCUACCUCAAGCUUUCUCUACACAGGUGAUGCCAGAUGCAGGCUUUGUGAGCGUUGUUAUCAACUCAAUAUGUGAACUUUGGUUCCAUCUACUGGCUGAUUGUAUGUUCAUCUAAAGGAAAGGAGAAUAUGGAGGUAACUUGUGGAAUAGACACCAGCUGGAAUGCGGUUUUAACCAAUCAGCAUUCAGGAUUAGAACCACUGGUUGUAGUCGGAUACAUGUGUGCUCCAGUCUGACACAAGAGGCAAUGUGAUACUUUCAGGUAGAUUCUUUUUGGUGGUCUUAUUUUCAUACCUAAUGUCUAAGUCUCACUCCCUCACUUCUGGUUCCAGCCCAGGUUACAUUUAUAGUAGAUUGCAGAAAUACCACUAAGGUAUGAGGCAUCCAUGAUGUGUCAUAGUUCAUUUUUACAAUUAUCAGCAAUCUUAACACUGUACUUUGGUAAUAUGUUCCGGACCAAAAUAUAACAUCUACACAGAGAUGCAUGCAAAAGUAUACCCAAUGGAAAACAUCAUGAGAGGUUAAUUGUAGGUAAUCAAUUGCCGAUAAAGACAGUAUUACUAAUUCCCUUGCACCCUUUAUCACAUCACCUUCAUCAUCACUAAAUGUCUAAGUAUCACAACACUGAAAUCAUCAUCAUAAUUGUAGACAGUGAUAGAAAUGGCUUACUCAUCCUCGCCAUAGAGGGCGUAAUUACCCUGAGAGUUAAUAAGUACUUGACCUGGUGAAUAGUCAGGGAGUCAUUCAAGGUUACGGUGAUAUCUUCAGCAGACAUGACAAGGACCAUGGUCACUCUGAGUUCAUUGAACAUCCUUCGGGCAGGAGAUGCAGCACCUGAUUGGGCAGCCUUACAGACCUUCACCAACCUUGCUUUUUCUUUACAUAAUCUCUAAACUCUUUGACUUCAACUCUUUCAUCAUCAUACUCAUAUUUUAACCACGUUAAAUAUUGUUCUCUUUAUCCUCUUUGCUGCAGCUACCCUCACUGUUUUCUACACACUAGGCUAUAAUCGAAUGAUAUUAUCAUUGUAUUAUUUUUACUACAGUGCAACUUUAUUAUUUACUAUUAGUAUUACUACAGUAGUAGGCUGCAUAUGGUUAUCAGAGCUGGCAGGACUGGCCUCUUGCUGUGUUUCAGAUGCCUGUCUGGAGGACCCCUGUGCCAACGGCGGCACCUGCGUUGAGAUGGGUGGGAGCACCACAUGCCUCUGUUUGCCCAGCUAUGGAGGUGACCUCUGUCAGACAGGUGAGCUCCUCAUUCUUCUUGUAAGAGUGCUAUUAAACAGUGUUAUAAUGCACCAGAUGGCAGACUACUGGGUGGCAGGUAGUCUAGCGGUUAAGCGUGUUGGACCAGUAACGGAAAGGUUGCAGGUUCGAAUCCCUAAACUAACUAUGGGGGGAAUCUGUCGAUGUGCCCUUGAGCAAGGCACUUAACCCUAAUCGCUCCUGUAAGUUGCUCUGGUUAAGAGCAUCUGCUAAAUGACUAAAAUGUAAUGUAAUGCACCACCACAUUCAGUAAUAAUACUUUUGGGUUUGUAUGUGCUGAAGCAGGUUAAGUCAGGCUCUGAUGAGUGGAGCCACAUUCCAGUCAUCUUCGUAAUAAAGAAGUAAAAGGAUAUAUACGGCCAAAACAUAAACAAAGUAACAGAACCUUCAUUUUUUUGUUAUUAGAAGGUAAGACAGUUGUACUAGUCUAGCUUACUAGUACUACGCUAUUAAUAACUAGUAGUACUAUUAACUCAAUCAAUCAAAUUGAAAUAUUACACACUGUGGCGUUAAGAGCCCAUUAAUCUCAAAGAACCACCUUGUUCGAAGAGGACAAUCCAAGAAUGGCUGUUCCAUCCCUGAUCCCAACUCAAGAAAGGACAAAACCUUGCUUUUGGAACAAUUGUCCCCUUCAGUUCAGUCUGACGCAGCCUUUUCUUUGAGACCAGCUUGCUAUGCCACCGUGUUCCUGUCACACAGAUUUAGGGAUGAGAACAUAGAAAUUGAAAGAAGGCGAAAUGAAGUGUUCUUUAGAUGGAUGAACCUCAUGGAUCUAUAUGCUCAGUGAAUCAGGGAAACUGUCAUUGUGGGUUAGAAUAAUCUAGUUACAGAGUAAGGCCAGGAUUCAAUCAAAUACAAUUUUCCUGGCAUUCGCGGAGAUCACAUUCACGUCAACACUGUGAAUGUUGGCUCAAGCUUAAACAAUUUCCUUCAAAAGUCAAGUGUAUUGCACUUGUCGAUAAUGCAUCUUAGAUUGAAUCCCGAGCAAGGUCUUAAGGUAGUUUCGUUCGGGUCACCUCAUUGUUUUUCAUCAAUACCACCUCUUCUCUCUCUUUCUUGUUCAAUGGUCAGAAAAGCUAAACGGAUCUAACCUUUCCCUCUUAAUCGUCCAAAUAAAAUAAUUACAUCUAGUAAAUCUCUCCCACCCUCCCUCCUGUUCUGUCUCUUAGACCUGGAGCAGUGUGGGGUGGGCUGGCAAAAGUUCCAUGGGAACUGCUACAAGCACUUCAACCAGCGGCUGAUCUGGGAGGUGGCGGAGCAGCACUGUCGCAUGGUGGGGGGCCACCUGGUGUCAAUCAUGACCCCUGAGGAGCAGGACUUCAUUAACAGUACGGUGGGAGUGGUGACAGCGAGCCACCAAACUUCCUACUCCACCUUUUCUCUUUCAUUGAUAGGCAACUCCAUUUGUUAGCAUAGCGUACCAUUUUACAGCACAUUAAUACAUUGGAAAUAUAGCAGCUAGCUCUCAAGGGUUUGUGUGUGCUAUUUAUUAGCAUAGGAAGGACAAAUGUCAUGACCCUGCUGUGCGGAAGUGCUACAUGCAAAUGCUAAUCUGGGUGAUUAAAGAGGUAGUUCAGCAAAAUUACUAAAUCAAUUAGAUGAACACUUACUUUUAACCAGAGUGACAGACUGUGUACUCAGCCACUGUCACAACUGCUGACAUUAGCAUUAAUUACCAAAAACACAAUGGGAGAGAUGGGGGGCAGCUUUAGCAUGUUCUAAAUUACGUGGCCACAUUACCUCCAAGUAACUUCAUGCCCAGUCAAUUGGCAACACAAACCCUGGCAGAGUUGUUGAUAUUCGCAGUGGAAGCACAAACACAAAGGUCUACUGUAUAACUUCUUCGAGGAGUGAUAGGCCUACUGCUUGAAAAGCAAAUAAAAUGGCUUGUUCUAUCCGCAGAUAACUAUAAGGAGUAUCAGUGGACUGGACUGAACGACAAGACCAUCGAGGGGGAUUUCCGCUGGUCCGAUGGUAACCCAUUGGUGAGUCCAGUGUGGUAUCGAGUAAAUGUUGCUAGUCAUUGCUGAUAAACAAAGGAGUCCGCUCAUACUGAACCUGGAUCAUAAGUUUUAUUCAUAUCACAAGCUUCCAGCAUGAGUUACAGACUUGCAGGGUCUGGAGAGCAGUGUCCUCGAAUUCUAAUGGCUGCUCUAACCCCCUAUGCCCCCAGCAUAUACUUAUAAACAAUGUGAAAAUAUGGGUUGCUCCCUCUGCGGUCCAAUCACCGGUCUCCCCUGGGGCGUCACCCCACAAAUGGCUACUUUUGAACUAACAUAAACAACAUUCUUUCAGUUCCACUUAAAACCAUUAACAAAGACAUAAUCCUAAUACACAACACCAGACAGAUUGGUUUGACAUAGAAAAAGUACUGUGUCAAAACAUGUCCACAGGAUGACAUGCAGCUACAAAGACACAGGAACACAAGACACAAGACAUUAGCUCCCAUGCUUAUAAACUACUACAGGUCUGUGUCUCUCACCUUGUCUUCACAGCUCUAUGAGAACUGGUACAGGGGCCAGCCUGACAGUUACUUCCUGUCUGGAGAGGACUGUGUGGUGAUGGUAUGGCAUGAUGCCGGGCGCUGGAGUGACGUGCCCUGCAACUACCACCUGGCCUACACCUGCAAGAAAGGCACCUGUGAGUAAUGGACAUGAUUUUACUACAAACAAGCACCUAUCUACCAGUUCCUUUACAUACCUGUAACUACCUCUGUGCAAUAGAUUAUAUUGCUAUACAGGCAAUAGGUCACAGAGGUAGUUAACUUAGAGGUAUGUAGAAGUAGUAGUAGAUGUUUAAUGCUCACAUUCAAUACAGUCCCAAACUAGUGUAACGCUCAAAACUUAACUGUAUUGAAUGUGUACAUUAGGACAAAUAAUCGUUUAACUUUUCAUUUUACAUUUUAGUAGACACUCUUAUCCAGAGCAACUUACAGUUAGUGAGUGCAUACAUUUUCAUACUGGUCGAAUCGAACCCACAACCCUGGCGUUGCAAGCGCCAUGCUCUACCAACUGAGCUACACAGGACUUUCAUGAAUGUGUUUUUGAUUUAGAAGACAUUAUCACCUACAGUCUUUGUAACUCCUCCCACAGCUUCAUGUGGCCCUCCCCCCAAAGUCCGGAACGCAUCUGCGUUUGGCAAAAUUCGCCAGAGGUACGAGACAGACGCGGUUGUGCGCUACUACUGUGCCCAGGGCUUCCAGCAGAGACAAAACCCUCUGGUCAAGUGCCUGCCAGGUGGCAAGUGGGAGGAGCCCCAGAUCCUCUGCAUCGCUGGUAUGAACAGUUCUAUGACCAGCCCACCUAUCUCUAACCCAUGACCAUGUUCCAUUACAGUUCUGAUUUUGCUAAAUAUGACUCAAGAACAGUUAUUGGGAUACAGUUCAUCUCUCGUGACAGACUGUCAGCAAGAAUCUGCCUCACUAAAGAAAUACUGAAGAAUUGUGAUUUAGUACAUCAGUGUCACUGAUUCUUUUGAAGAAUGAAGGAGAUGCUUAAGAGUGGAGACUGGGUUUUUUAACCGGAAAGUUAGUUGUUAUUCUGUAGUGGGGAGUUGCUGAAUCUGAUUUAGCUCUGGAGGAGAACAUCUAUCUUUGGGUUCAAAGCCGGGAUUCAAUCAGUCGCAUUGUCAACAAGCGCACUGCACUUCACUUUUAAAGGUAGUUUACACUUGAGCCAACAUCUGCAGUGUUUACUGCGAAUGCAAUCUACACAACCGUCAGGGAAUUGCCUGUAGAAGACACAAUGUCGAUUGUCGACAGUGCUGUGCGCUUGUUGAAAUGUGCCUUUCAUUGAGUCCCGGCCUAAGUCAAGGCAAUGCCAUAGCGGCAGGCAAAGCCAACCCAGAAAACUAGCGGCUAAAUCAGACAGUUCUCACUCUGGACAUUAUGUGGGAGGGACAAGAUAGAUGUAUGAAAGUAAUGUACGUAUGACACUGCCUUUUUAUCCAACAGAUUUGUCAGAAGUCUUUAUUUUCAACUUUGUGUUGGGGUUUCCUUUCAGGGGCAGGAAGCACAGCACAGAUAGCAGGAGUAACAUCACCAACCACAGGAAACCAGGAGCUGGCUGAAGAGGAAUCACAAACAACAAAGAAAACGCUUCAAUACUGGGACAUCAAGUGGAACUUUUAAAUUCCAUACCAUGUCCCAUUACACUUCAAUAGUUUUCUUUCCUCAUUGACCAGAGAUCUGAAAUGGCUGAACAUGUGAAGGCAAUAGGGUGAUAUUGAAGGAAAGGAGACAAGGAAAGAGUAUUGGG